AUGAUGCGGCGACUCCUCCCCCGCUGCGCUCCUCGCGCGGCGGCCUUCGUUGCGCCACGGCGGGCACCUGUUAGUUUCUUCCAGGCGGCGCGCCAGUACAGCAUCACCCCAGAAGCGGCAUCCGAGAUCAAGACCCAGGAUAUCGACCCAACCCAACUGGUUCUCAACAGGACAUCCAAGCCUAAGCCGCUGCUCAAGUCUGAGGAUCUGAUAUUCGGGCGUAACUUUACCGACCACAUGCUCACCAUCGAAUGGGACAAAACCACAGGCUGGGCCAAACCACACAUCGUGCCCUACCAAAACCUCUCCCUCGACCCCGCAACCUGCGUCUUCCACUACGCCUUCGAAUGCUUCGAAGGCAUGAAAGCCUACAAAGACAGCGCCGGCCAGAUCCGGCUCUUCCGCCCGGACAAAAAUAUGGAGCGCUUCAACAAAUCCGCCGCCCGCAUCGCCCUCCCCAACUUCAACUCCACCGCCCUCAUCGACCUCAUCGCCCAAUUCACCAAACUCGAAAGCCGCUUCAUCCCCGAAGAGCGCGGCUACUCCCUCUACCUCCGCCCUACCCUAAUCGGCACCCAAAAAACCCUCGGCGUCGGCCCGCCCGGCUCUGCCCUCCUCUUCGUCAUCGCGUCCCCCGUAGGCCCUUACUACCCGACCGGCUUCAAAGCCGUGUCCCUCGAAGCAACCGAUUACGCGGUGCGCGCCUGGCCAGGCGGCGUAGGCGACAAGAAGUUGGGAGCCAACUAUGCGCCGUGCAUCGUGCCGCAACGCGAGGCCAUGAGCCGCGGGUUUCAACAAAACCUCUGGCUAUUCGGCGAGGAGGAAUACGUCACCGAAGUCGGCACGAUGAACUUCUUCGUAGCACUCGUCAACAAGCAGACCGGCCAAAAAGAACUCAUCACCGCGCCUUUAGACGGGACCAUCCUGGAGGGUGUCACGCGCGACUCGGUGCUGUCGCUGGCGCGGGAGCGGCUGGAGCCGGAAGGGUGGGAGGUUGUGGAGCGCAAGUACACGAUGCGGGAGCUGGACGAGGCGGCGAGCGAGGGGCGGUUGAUUGAGGCGUUUGGGGCGGGCACGGCGGCUAUUGUGAGCCCUGUGCGGGCUAUCAGCUGGCGGGGGAAGCUGGUUAGCUGCGGGCUGAAGGAACAUGAGGAGACGGGGGAGGUUACGAUGAAGAUGAAGAAUUGGAUUGAGGCGCGGCAGUAUGGGGAUGAUAAGCAUGAGUGGAGUUAUGUGUGCUAG